AUGGCCAAGGGCAGCGCUGGCUCUUUUGCCAAGCUGGCAACACUGGCAGCGCUGUUGACAGUACCGAGCACAGUUCAGGCUCAGCAGUUCCCUGAUGGCCUUCUAGGCUAUAGCUCUGCCCCCGGGCUGAGUGAGGGGUGUGCCGAGGCUCUCAACACCACCGUAGCCAACUGCCCCGUUUACCUCGCCCAGAUGGCUGUCAAGCAGCCUCGUCUUGAGGCAGGUUUGCUCCAGUACAUCUGCACAUCAGCCUGCAAGUCCUCGCUCCAGAAUGUGAGAGGCAUCAUCGCCUCCGGCUGCCGCUCUGAGACGGACGUCCUCGAAAUACAAUCGGUAGUUUACCCAGCCACGUUUGUCAUUGACAACCUUCUGUACGCAUACGACAUGUCUUGCGCCAAAGACAAGGGCUCUGGCCAGUUCUGCGACCAGCUGUACAUGGACGCUCUUGCCAAUAACACGCAGAUCGACAGCUGUUCUGACUGUGCCCUAGCUGGCGUGCAGAGGCAGCUCAACUCACCCUUUGGCUACAACGCCGAGUUUGCUGAGGGGUUCCAGUCCGUCACAGCCAAGUGCGGCGCCUCCGGGUACGGCUUCACCUCUCCGGCUCCCUAUGCUAUCAGCACCAGCACGAUAGACCCUGAGCCCACCCUCGGCCCUAGUUGCUCGUCCCCGUAUGUCGUCCAGCAGAACGACACGUGCGACUCCAUCUCAACCGCCAAGGGCAUUUCUUUCUACAGCGUCGUCAAGGCGGCCGGCACCGACACGGCCUGCAGCAUCCUGAACCCCGGGGACAAGCUUUGCCUGCCUCAGUCGUGUGCGGUCCAUCGCGUCGAGUACGAUGACACAUGCCAAGGCAUUGUCGACUCCAUCGCCGGUCUCAGGGCUUCAGACUUGCUCAUCUGGAAUCCAGACAUCAACCCGCUAUGCACAAACCUCGAGUACUUUGCAAACAAACUCAUCUGCGUCAGCCCCCCUGGCCGCACACUCGAUGAUGUCACCACAAUCACCGACGGCCCUAUACCCACCCAGCCGCCGCCCACCCCCGUGCCAAGACCGGACAACGCCAAGGCCGAGUCCAACACUCGGUGUGCCGGCUGGUACGAGGUUCAGCAGGGAGACGCCUGCCAGGCCAUCUCGAUCAAGGAGGGCAUCUCCCUGCAAGACUUCCUGUUCCUCAACCCGUCCAUUGACAGCGCCUGCUCAAACCUCUGGCUUGAGACGUCGUACUGCGUCCGCGCAGUCGGCGACAUCAACACCUACACCAGCUACCCCUUUUCCACGUCGCCAGUGUACACACUGACCUCGUCGGCAUACGACACUACAGCAGUCUCGACUUUGCCCUCCGUCGUUGCUGAGGCGACUCCGGUCGUCGAACUGCCUCUGGCACCUGGUUCGGAUGGCGAGUCUGACGGCUGUCUCGAGUUUGUCAGCUAUCGCGCCGUCGUGCCGCAGAUGGAUCAGUCCCUACAGACUGAUGUGCCUACAGUGAACCAGAGCAUCAAUUCGUGCGAGUUCGCGCUGGGCGCCUACAAUGCCAGAAUGAGCGACAUCCUCUCGUGGAACCCUAGUCUUAAGUCUAUCAGCCCUUGCUACCUUCAAGAGGGAUAUAGAUACUGUGCUGCUCAUAAGGACUCCACACCAUCACCUUCGCCGACCAACACCAGGGACUGUUUGCCCAUCGACGAACCAUAUCCCGGCACCGACUCAUCGUGCUCCUGCUUCACCGUCAUUCAAGGCUAUGCAGCUUCAUAUUUCGACUGCCAGGGUCUGAUUGACGAACAGAAAAUCGCACUCAAGGACCUCCUCAGCUUGAAUCCAUGGAUUGGCGGAACCGACAUAUCCAGCUGUACCUCGGGAUUGUACGCCGGACUCGCGGUGGACGCCGAGCGUGCUGUCUGUGUCGGGACAGGUGGAACUCCUAUACCGGGCGGUCCAACUUCUUCUUCCUCGUCAUCGUCCGUUCCCUCAACGUCGACAGGAGCAGCAACACCAACAACAGCAACAACAACGUCGACGUCGGCGGGCGCAACUCCAGCCGCACCGACGCAGACUGGCAUCGUCGCAGGGUGUCGCAAGUUCUACACCGCCAAGUCGGGCGAUGGGUGCUGGAGCAUCGCCAACGACAAUGGUAUCGCGCUGGACAGCUUCUACCAGUGGAACUCUGCAGUCGGCACCGACUGCGCGAACCUCUGGCUCGGCUACGCAUAUUGCGUUCAAGGCCCCGCCCCAGUCCCUGCCCCGGGACCAACCCAGGAAGGCGUGACCUCGUCCUGUGUCAAGUGGCACAAUGUCGUCUCGGGUGAUAGCUGCCCGGCCAUACAGAAGACGUACAAUAUUGCCCAGUUCUCGACGCUGCUGAGCUGGAACCCGAGUAUCGGGUCCAACUGUGAGAACAUGUGGCUCGGGUAUAGCCUUUGUGUUAUGGUCUAG